AUGGAUGUCGCUCUCGAGUUUCUCGAUCCUCUCAUUCUGGACAAGGCCUAUGCCUGGUUGCUGCCCUCCGAGCCUAACGUCCCCGAUCCGACCUCGCGUUGGGAUCGCGACAACGUCUAUCGCCAAGUCAUCUCGAUUCUGGUCCUCACGCAACUCGGCGCGACCUCCCUCUACCUCUUCUUCAGCGCGCUCUCCUACUACUUCGUCUUCGACCGACGGCUCGAGUACCAUCCGCGAUUCUUGCCGAAUCAAGUCCGCCAAGAGAUCAAAUCAUCGCUGUCCGCCAUUCCGUUUAUCAAUAUCCUCACGCUGCCAUGGUUCCUGGCUGAGGUCCGUGGCAAAAGCAUGCUGUACCGCUCGGUCAGCGACUAUGGCUGGCCCUGGCUGGUGGUCUCGUCCAUCCUGUACAUGGCCUUCAAUGAUAUUGGCAUCUACUGGAUCCAUCGGCUAGAGCAUCACCCCAGCGUGUACAAGUACAUUCACAAGCCCCAUCACAAAUGGAUCGUUCCCACACCAUGGGCUGCACUGGCAUUCCACCCACUGGACGGAUAUGUGCAGUCUCUGCCAUACCAGUCAGUAUCCCUGUCCCCUGUCGCAGCAAUCCUCAGGGCCAUCCCUCUAACGAUCAACAGCGUCUUCGUCUUCAUUUGCCCCAUGCAGCGACACCUGUACAUGGUUCUCUUCGCUGCGGUCCAAAUCUGGACCAUUCUCAUUCACGACGGCGACAUGAUUUCGGGCCAUUGGACGGAGAAAUUCAUCAACAGCCCGGCGCACCAUACAUUGCACCAUAUGUACUUCACCGUCAACUAUGGGCAAUACUUCACCUGGGCCGACGCCUAUUUCGGUUCGCACCGCGCCCCCGAACCCGCGCUGGAUCCGCUCCACGAUGCCCUCAAGGUGAUGCGGGCCAAGGGUCUUGUGGAUGAGCAGGGCAACCCGAUCAAAAAGCCAAAGGGGGAGUGA